GUUUUCUGCGGCCACCAUCACAUUAACCUCAAUGAAAACAUAUCAUCUGUAGCUAGAAGGCUAGCUACACUUCUCCCUCCCCCUAAUAAAAAAAAACAAAAACAAAAAAAAACACCUGACAGCACUACAGCCACUGAACCGUACUUCGACAAGCGCAUGAACUGGGAUGUCUGCAAUCGACUGGUACGCUCACAAAUCGCUCGGAGACGGAGUCUUCUGGAUCCAGGAGCGAUUCUACCAGUCGGAGAACCGGGCCAACAUCUGGUUGCUGCGCGGCACCCACCAGGACGUGGUGAUAGACACGGGUCUGGGCUUGAGGAGCUUACCUGAAUACAUCGACGCCAAAGGCCUGCUGGGAAAAGACCCGCAGAGGAAGAACCCACUGCUUGCCAUCGCCACCCACGCCCACUUCGACCACUCGGGUGGUCUGCAUCAGUUCCAACAGGUGGGCGUCCACAGCGCGGAGGUCGAUGCCCUGGCGAACGGAGACAACUUCGAGAUGGUCACCUGGCUCAGCGACAGGGAGAUAGCCGAGGCUCCCAGCCCGGGAUGGAGGGCAAGGCACUACAAAGUCAAGGCUGUGCAGCCCACACACAUACUGCAGGAGGGUGAUGUCAUCAAUCUAGGUGACAGACAGCUGACAGUGCUUCACAUGCCCGGUCACUCUCGGGGAAGCAUUUGCCUCCAUGACCGUGACAAUAAGUUGCUUUUCAGUGGAGAUGUUGUGUAUGACGGUGCCAUGAUUGACUGGCUGCCCUACAGCCGUGUCAGUGAUUAUGUCAGCAGUUGUGAGCGCCUGGUUGGGCUGGUGGACAGCGAACAGGUCGACCAAGUUCUCCCAGGGCACUACAACACCUUCGGUGCAAAGCGGCUCCAUCGGCUUGCCUCCACAUACAUCAGCAGGGCUGAAACGUGCCCUGCAAAGUUCUCCACGUUUGCCUGGAGGAGUCUGGCUGGGGUGGCACUGCGGGUGUGCAACCCACGGAGUGCCUGCUAAUGAGAAGGGAUCACAGAGCUGGAGGAAACCAGUGCACAAAGAGAGAUGUUCUAGUAUGGAAGACAUGGAAGAGCG